UCUCUUUUCUGUUCUCUAUAUGUAUGUAUGCACGUGUAUGUAUAUGUAUGUAUGUAUAAAAUAGAGAAAGUUGUGAUUUUGUAUCUCUUCUUGUCAACAAUCUUUCGGUCUUUCCUUUUCUAUCCUCAUCUUUCAUCUCACAUUGGAGAGGUUUUUGUGCUUCAAAAGUGAAGUGAAUGGAUGGGAAAGUCUAUAUUGCUGUGUGAGCAUGAAUUAGGGUUUCAGAUAUGGAUGAUUCUUAGGUGUUGUAGAUUGCUGUAAUUCAUACAAGUUUUCUGAGUCAGUGAUUGGAAGAGUUUCUUUAACUUAAAAAAGAAACAAAAAUUGAGUUGAAGGGAGUUCUUGGGAGUAUUGGAUGGGGAAUAAGCUGGGGAGGAGGAGACAAGUGGUGGAUGAGAUGUAUACAAGACCACAAGGUCUAUAUGCUCAUAAAGAUGUGGAUCAUAAAAAGCUAAGAAAGCUCAUUCUCGAAUCCAAGCUUGCCCCUUGUUUUCCAGGGGACGAGGACAGCUGUUAUGAUCAUGAGGAAUGCCCCAUCUGUUUCUUGUAUUAUCCGAGUCUCAACCGAUCAAGAUGUUGCAUGAAGUGCGUCUGUACAGAGUGUUUUCUGCAGAUGAAGAAUCCUAAUUCAACCCGACCUACUCAAUGUCCAUUUUGCAAAACCGCAAAUUAUGCUGUGGAGUAUCGGGGUGUGAAAACAAAAGAGGAAAAGGGUUUGGAGCAGAUUGAAGAACAGCGUGUUAUAGAAGCGAAAAUUAGGAUGCGACAGCAGGAGCUUCAGGAUGACAAAGAGAGAACGCAGAAAAGAUCAGAAGUGAGUUCCUCAAGCACUAGUAUUGCUCCAGGGGAGCUUGAAUGUGGGCCAGCAGCUGUUCCAUCUGAUAGGGCUCCAGUGGAAAGUGAGGACAUUGUUUCGUCUCAAUACUCAAUCAGACAUCCUCUGCACUCUGGAGGGAACAGGGAUGAUGAAUUUGACCUGGAUCUUGAGGAUAUUAUGUUAAUGGAAGCAAUUUGGCUUUCCAUUCAGGAAAAUGGAAGACAGAAAAAUCCGCAUUGUGGUGAUGCUGCGCCAUCUGAACAAUUUAUCAUGGAAGCACGCUAUGCUUCACCAGCAAAGGCACCACUGGCUGGAUCAUCAUCCCCUUCUGGAGGUCUUGCAUGUGCUAUAGCUGCUCUUGCUGAGCGUCAGCAGAUGGGUGGGGAAUCACUUGUUCACAAUAAUGGAAAUAUGCCUUCAUUCAACAUGCUUCCAAGCACUAGUAGCUUUUAUAACAGGCAUGUGCAGGAUGCAGACGAUUACUCUCCUGCGCAGAGCUCUAGCAAUGUGCAGCCAGAUUGCAGGAUGAUUGUGACAAGGGAUGAUGGGGACUGGGGUGCGGAUCGUGGAUCAGACGCAGCUGAAGCUGGGACCAGUUAUGCUAGUUCUGAGACAGCAGAAGAUGCUGGUGGAAUAUCUGCCCUAUUACCCCCACCACCGCCAGAUGAAAUUGGGGGGAGCUUUCAGAAUGUCUAUGGACCCAUUGAGAAUUUUGAAGAGCAGAUGAUGCUAGCCACGGCCAUUUCUCUUGCUGAGGCCCGAGCUAUGACAAGUGAACCCCAAAGCGCAUGGCAAUAGUUUUCAGGGAUAAGCUGCGAAAGCUUGAACAAAUGAUGCUGGCGAAGGCUUUUCAGCUAGCUGAGUACCAGGCCAGGGCAAGUGCACAAUGCGUGCAUGCAACUGGCUCAAAGGUUAAGGUAGUGAAGAUUCUCUCUACAGUACUACGUAUAGUUGUUAAAGGAAAAGGUAUUGUUUUGGUGAAUGAAAGGUUGUUUGGUAAACUAUAUUCAUAAUGAUUCCAAGUCACAAAGUCCUUUAUUUUCA